CAUUGCAUACCAUGUGUAUCCAUAACCUCGCAACAGUCAGCAGUGUUGUUAAUUUAUAGUGGCAAUUAUUUACAAGCAAUUUUAUAUUGUAUUAGUGAGAUGUGUGACAACAUUUGCUUUAAUUAGUUAUUAUUAGUUAUUUCUAUAACACGUGUCACUGUUGAUACAUUUUUGAGGUUAUACGCAUGUUAGAAACGUGUCCCGAAUAUGUUCAAGAACGUACGAAAAAAUGAUACCACCCCCAAACACGUUGCUUUGGACUCUGUGGUGUUCUCUAUGUUUACAAAAGAAGAUAUUAAAAAAUUGGCUGUGACCAAAAUUUCUACUCCCUUGACUCUCGAUGCUUUGGGGUACCCUCUACCAGGGGGGCUGUACGAUAAACAUUUAGGUCCUCUUACUGAAAAAAGUGAGCCUUGUGGAACAUGUCGGAAAAACUAUCACAUGUGUCCAGGUCACUUUGGAUACAUAGAAUUGCCCCUUCCAGUCGUGAAUCCGAUUUUUUACAAAAUAAUGGGCGUUAUUAUUCGAAUGAGUUGCCUCAGUUGUUUCCGGUUUCAAAUACCUGAACAUAUGAAAUAUUCCCUUACACUACAAAUUAAAUUGUUGAAUUGUGGUUACAUUACUGAGGCUUUAGAAAUCGCUAAUACUAUUUCCGAGUUAAUUUCACAUUACGAGUCGUUGGAGAAUAUUCCUGAAGAGGCUGUCGUACCUCUUCGUAAGUAUGAAGAAAUGGCAAACAAAUCUCUAGAGACACUUGAAGGGAAUUAUGUCCUUUCGAAAAAUACAGAGACUUUGAGAAAUCAGUUCAUCAAUGGAAUGUUGCGUGAAAUUAAGGCAAGUCAAGUUUGUAUGCAUUGUAAAAGUUCAAUGGAUAGGAUUCAAGUAGUGAGAAAUAGAAUUAUAAUGACCAAUCGAAAAAGAGGAGAUCGCAGUGAAAUGAUGGCUUCUAAAGUUCGAGCUUUUGAAUCCAAAUAUAUCACCCCUGAUGAAUCUAGAACUUACUUGAGAAAACUAUGGGAACAGGAAAAAGAUUUGAUGAGAGAAAUUAUCGCAGUUUUAGGGGGAGUUAGAGAUGAGCAUCCCACAGAUGUCUUUUUCUGGGAUGUAAUUCCAGUCGUUCCGCCAAAUAUGAGACCGGUCAACAUUAUCAACAAUCGAAUGAACGAACAUCCUCAAUCAGCCCUCUACAAAUCAAUCAUCCACAACACAAUCCUACUAAAACUGGUCAUCCAAGCCGUCAAGAACAAAGGCGACAUCAGCUCUUUACCAUCAGAAGCCAAGGGCGUCUACAGUGUAGCCCAAGGCGCAACCCCAAUCGAAAAACUCAACCAUGCCUGGGAAGCCCUACAAUACGACGUGGACGCCCUCGUCGACAGUACUAACCUCAGAGGCACCCCCGGAGGCAACGGCCUCAAGCAAGUCAUCGAGAAAAAAUGCGGCAUCAUUCGCAUGCACAUGAUGGGCAAACGUGUGAAUUUCUCCGCGCGUACAGUUAUAACCCCCGAUCCUAACCUCAACAUCGACGAAAUCGGCAUUCCUGAAGCUUUCGCCAAACACUUGACAUAUCCAGUUCCCGUGACGUCGUGGAAUGUCGAAGAACUGAGGAAAAUGAUCAUGAACGGGCCAGACGUGCAUCCGGGAGCCGUGCUGGUAGAGUACGAAGAUGGUACCAUUAAGCGAAUCGACCCAAAGAACACGACGUACCAGGAGGCUAUUUUGAAACGACUGUUGACUCCGGAUAAGAUUUCGGGAUUUAGAGGGGUGAAGAGGGUGCACAGGCAUUUGUGCAACGGCGAUGUUCUUUUGUUGAAUCGGCAGCCCACGUUGCAUCGACCGAGUAUCAUGGCGCAUACGGCGAGGGUCUUGAAAGGGGAGAAGACUUUCAGGUUGCAUUAUGCGAAUUGUAAGGCGUACAAUGCGGAUUUUGAUGGAGACGAGAUGAAUGCGCACUUCCCGCAGAACGAGGUGGCGAGGAGUGAAGCCUACAGUUUAGUCAACGUCUGCAACCAAUACCUCGUCCCCAAAGACGGCACCCCUCUCAGCGGCCUCAUUCAAGAUCACAUGAUUGCUGGGGUGAAACUCUCACUCCGAGGACGAUUUUUCAACGAAAGCGACUACCAUCAGUUCGUCUUCCAAGCCCUCUCUACUAAAACCGGCAAAAUCUCCCUCCUCCCUCCUGCCAUUCUUAAACCCUGCCCCCUUUGGUCCGGGAAACAAAUUCUCUCAACUGUCAUCAUAAACAUAAUUCCAGAAGGGCGUGAACCAAUUAACCUAUCGGCGACGGCGAAAAUCGGCGCGAAAGCGUGGCUUACCUCCCCUCCGCGACGGUGGAAGGCAGGCGGUACUCCGUUCACCGACUCCAACACGAUGAGCGAAGCGGAAGUGGUGAUUCGAGGCGGGGAGUUGUUAGUGGGCGUGUUGGAUAAGACGCAUUAUGGAGCCACCCCCUAUGGGCUGAUUCAUUGUGUGUAUGAGUUGUACGGGGCGGUGUUUGCGACGAGACUAUUAAGCGCAUUGGCUAAGUUGUUCACGAGGUUUCUGCAGAGGGAGGGGUUUACGUUGGGCGUGCACGAUAUCCUGACGGUGCAGAAAGCUGAUACGAAACGUCAGGAGAUUAUUAAGAGCGCGAGGAAAAUCGGUGUGGAAGUGGUGACUACGGUUUUGGAUUUGCCACAAGAUAGUCCAACGGAAGACAUUGUUGACAAGAUUAGGGAGAAUAGUGUGAAGAAUCCGAAGUUUAGAGCUAGUGUGGAUAGGCAGUACAAGGUGGCGCUGGAUUCGUACACCAAUGAUAUUAACAAGACAUGUCUGCCAGCUGGUUUGGUUUGUAAAUUCCCCCAAAAUAACCUUCAGUUGAUGGUACAAUCGGGUGCAAAAGGUACGACCGUGAAUACUAUGCAAAUUUCGUGCCUUUUGGGUCAGAUCGAGUUGGAAGGGAAACGUCCCCCUAUAAUGAUUAGUGGAAAAUCUCUCCCUAGUUUUCCGAUAUUCGAGUUCGCCCCACGAGCUGGUGGUUUCAUCGAUGGUCGAUUUAUGACAGGCAUUCAACCACAAGAAUUUUUCUUCCAUUGUAUGGCAGGUCGUGAGGGUUUGAUCGAUACGGCUGUCAAAACCAGCCGUAGUGGAUAUUUGCAACGAUGUCUAAUCAAACAUCUAGAGGGUUUAUCAGUUGGGUAUGAUAUGACGGUUCGAGACAGUGACAAGAGUGUCAUCCAGUUUUUGUAUGGUGAAGAUGGCAUGGACAUAUCAAAAGUACAGUUCCUCAACGAAAAACAAUUGGGUUUUCUGGCCGACAACAGCAAAGCAUUGGUAGACAAAUCUCUCCUCAAAAUGUUGAAACACGACAACGACAAAGCCGUCAAAGCCCACAAGAAACGCAUUUCCGAUUGGCGCGAUACUUUCGGUGACCCCCUCCAAAAGGACCGCCGCAGUCCGUUUUCGCAGUUCUCGAUCGUAGUAGGAGACAAAGUCAAAGACAAAACUUUCGGUUCCAAACAGAUAAUGAAAGUCUGGAAGAAAGCCGACGAAGACGUGAAGAACAGUUUUCGGCAGCAGUGCGAACCAUGUCCAGACCCAGUCAACUCUCUUUACCAGUCCGACCACCAUUUUGGUUCCCUGAAUGAAAAGAUGGAAGAUCUGAUGAACAGUUAUCAAUGCGCGAGCAAAAAGCAGCUGAAGCAGUUUAAGAACGUCCUGAAACUGAAGGCGCAGAGGGCGCUGUGUUCGGCAGGCGAACCAGUGGGGUUACUCGCGGCACAGUCCAUCGGUGAACCUUCAACGCAGAUGACAUUGAACACUUUCCACUUCGCUGGAAGAGGAGAGAUGAACGUGACUUUGGGUAUCCCGCGUUUGCGGGAGAUCUUGAUGAUGGCGUCGAAGAAUAUCAAAACGCCGUCUAUGGAAAUCCCGUUUCUUCCAGUUGAGGGAUUGGAGAAGAGUGCCGAAGACUUGAGGAGGAGGUUGACGAGGGUGGUGGUUGCGGAUGUUUUGGAAAAGGUGGAUGUUACCGUUGAGUUGAUGGUAUCGCCAGUCAGGCAACACCAGUAUACUCUGAAGUUCCAAUUUCUACCUAGGAAAUUGUAUAAGAAUGAGUAUUGCGUGGGGCCCAAGUAUAUUUUGAAGCAUAUAACGAAGAAAUUUUUUGGGGAGAUGUUUGCCGCGAUCAGGAAGUCGACAAAAAUCACAUCGAAUUUGGUCAUGAUGGACGAAGGAAAACGUUCAAAGGCGCGAAACGGAGACGAAGAUGAAGAUAAUGAAGACAACCCCGGAAAUCCUAACGAAGAUAGCUCAGAGGAAGAACCCGAAGAUGUAGAAGACGCAAAAACCGGAAACAAAUUCAAGCAAGUACGCGAAGACCAAGAACCAGAGGAAGAAGAAAAAGAAGUCUCUGAUAAUGAAGACAGCUACGAAGCGGAAGACACAACGAGAGAAGAAAACGAAGGUCAAGACAAUUCAGUGGUAGAUAGCUACAACUUUGCUCAGAAUUACAUUUACGAUAAAGAAAAACAUUUGUGGUGUGUGCUAACAUUUGGGCUUCCUCUCAACAACAAAAAACUUGACUUGACAGCGAUUUUGAAAGAUGUCGCUGCCAAGUCAGUGAUUUGGGAGACCCCUCACAUCAAGAGGGCUAUCACUUACAUGAAAGACGACAGACUGAUGUUGCGGACUGACGGCAUUAAUAUUUUGGAAAUGUCAAAAUAUCACAACCUUCUCGAUUUACGGAAACUGUAUUGUAACGAUAUUCACAGGAUGGCAGAAACGUAUGGAAUUGAGGCCGCCAUGAAGAUCAUAGUUAGAGAAGUCAAGGAUGUGUUUAACGUGUAUGGAAUUAAAGUCGAUCCACGACAUCUAUCGUUGAUUGCGGAUUAUAUGACUUUCAAUGGGACUUUCGAGCCUUUGAGUAGGAAGGGUAUGGAAAGUAGCGCUUCACCUCUGCAGCAGAUGUCCUUUGAAUCGUCACUUACUUUCCUGAAAAAUGCGACUGUUGGUGGUAAGAGGGAUAAUUUGACGAAUCCUUCGAGUUGUUUAAUGGUAGGCAAGCCGUGUAUGACCGGGACUGGAUGUUUUGAUGUGUUACAUAAAAUUUCUACUGGCUGUUGAAAUAAACUGACUGAAGUAGUUAA